AAUGAUUUAAUUCACAAUUUUUAUAAGUCAGGGGCGGUAACAAAUGUCAUUCGACUUCUUUGUGUAUUCUUUGUUGAUCGUCGGUUGUUAAGUACAUCAAUUGUAGUAUUAUUUAACAUAUAAAGUCAAAUUAAUCAUGAUCCGUUUCAUCCUCAUUCAAAAUAGAGCUGGAAAAACAAGAUUAGCAAAAUGGUAUAUGAAUUUUGAUGACGAUGAAAAACAAAAAUUAAUAGAAGAAGUCCACGCAGUAGUAACUGUACGAGAUGCUAAGCAUACAAACUUUGUAGAGUUUCGUAAUUUCAAGAUUGUAUAUAGAAGAUAUGCUGGUUUAUAUUUUUGCAUUUGUGUUGAUGUCAAUGAUAAUAAUCUCUGCUAUCUAGAAGCAAUACAUAAUUUUGUUGAAGUAUUAAAUGAAUAUUUCCAUAAUGUGUGUGAAUUGGAUCUUGUUUUUAAUUUUUAUAAGGUAUAUACAGUUGUAGAUGAAAUGUUUUUAGCAGGAGAAAUAAGGGAAACUAGUCAAACGAAAGUGCUGAAACAGCUUUUGAUGUUAAAUUCAUUAGAAUAAAAUUAUUUAAUGUUAUUUAAUUUUAUUAAUAAAAUAUAUAAUAAAAAUGUAAGAAAAAUAAAAUAUAUUAUGAA